AUGUAUUGUGCUCUGAACCUUGCUGUUGUGUGCUGUGAGGCACGCUCGGGCAAGCUCGGAACUUGGGACAUGACAAAGUUUCACUCUGUAAUCCUGGCUGUUCUGAAGAAUUCAGUGACCUAUGAUGAUGUGCAUGUGAACUUCACUCAAGAAGAAUGGGCUUUGCUGAAUCCUUCACAGAAGAGUCUCUACAAAGAUGUGAUGCUGGAGACCUACAGGAACCUCACUGCUACAGACUGCAAAUGGGAAGACCAUAAUAUUGAAGAGCAUUGUCAAAGUUCUAGAAGACAUGCAAGGACUUCCCAGCUAUGAAGCAAAGACAUGGCUGCACAGGACAUUGAGUGUGUAAUGGAUCGUGCGCACAAGCAUUGUUAAGCUCCACUUGUCCUAAUGCUACCAUUGAGAGAAA